CUGUAGGUAUUUAAAAAGUCGAUUGUCGAUCGUAUUUAUGUGUGUGAGUGAAUUAUUAUUAUUUUUAUUUUUUGUCGCAUAAUUCACAAGUUCCUUAUAGAUUAGUGUUCAAUAAUAACAUAAAUAUUCUAUUUCUUCAUGUUAUGUCGACCUUCAGAAAUGACCUUUAAACUUUAUAGUCAAUAGGAUCCAAAUGCGCAUGCGUAGAUUUAUCCGUCAAAUUUUGUUUGGCGCGCUGAUAACUAAGACCACUUGAUCACGAUGAAAUUACUUAUUUUAGUCGUACGGCAGAUACCAUAUAUAGCUCACGUUUCUAAUAAUCUCUGCACUAGCGUAAUCACUUACAACGAAAAUGUCUAGUCAAGAAUUAAAUAUCAAGAGAAAGAUGGCACGACAGAAUAGUAUUGUGCAACCUUUGUUGACUGAUCUGUAUCAAAUAACCAUGGCUUAUGCCUACUGGAAAUCUGGAAAAGUCAAUGAUGUGGCUGUAUUUGAUUUAUUUUUCCGCACAAAUCCUUUCCAAGGAGAAUUUACUAUUUUUGCCGGUCUAGAGGAGUGCUUGAAGUUUUUGGAAAACUUUCACUAUUCUGAUAGUGAUAUUGAAUAUUUGAAGCGAACUUUACCGGAAAAUAUAGAACCAGAAUUUUUUGCUUACUUGAAAGAUUUAACUUGCAAGGACAUAAGAGUGAGUGCUAUUGAGGAAGGUUCAGUCGUAUUUCCAAGGGUGCCCUUAUUGAGAGUUGAAGGACCUUUAAUUGUAGCACAGCUGUUGGAAACGACUUUGUUAACUCUUGUCAACUUUGCAAGUUUGAUGGCAACAAACGCUGCACGAUAUAGAAUGGUCGCUGGAAAGAAUGUUUCUUUACUUGAAUUUGGUUUACGAAGAGCCCAAGGCCCAGACGGUGGAUUGUCAGCCUCGAAAUAUGCUUAUAUUGGUGGAUUUGAUGGCACAAGCAACGUACUGGCGGGUAAAAUGUUCAAUAUCCCGGUGCGAGGGACGCACGCGCACUCGUUUGUGACGUCGUUCAGCACCCUGCAGGACUUGCACUCGGUGACCAUCCGACACGCACAGACGCAGGAGCCGAGCAACCUGCUCGAGCUGUCGCUAGAGUGGCGCAAGCGAGUGUCGGCCGUCAUAGAUAUCUCUCCGGAGGAAGCGAGCGACGGUGAACUAGCUGCCCUCAUAUCCUAUGCCCUAGCAUUCCCGUCGGGUUUCUUGGCUCUAGUGGAUACGUACGAUGUCAAGAGGUAUAAUUUUCAAGGCUUACCGUCACGACACAGGCAGCAUAAUAUGAAUGGGCAUUCUGGCUACAAUAGCAACUGUGGAACCAAUGGUACUAGAGUACUCAAAUCACCGACUAUACAUAGUACAUAUGGAUAUAGCACGGUCGAACGCACACUGAGGAGUGGUCUGCUAAACUUCUGUGCUGUGGCCCUAGCUCUAAACGACUGUGGCUACAGAGCCGUGGGUAUCCGUAUCGACAGCGGUGAUCUGGCUUAUUUGUCUGUACUAGCACGGGACACCUUCGAGAGCAUCGCCGAAGCUUUCAAACUGCCCUGGUUCUCUAAACUAACCAUUGUAGCUUCGAACGACAUUAACGAGGAAACUAUACUGAGCUUGAACGAACAAGGACACAAAAUCGACUGCUUCGGAAUUGGAACACAUCUAGUAACGUGUCAACGCCAGCCCGCCUUAGGCUGCGUUUACAAAUUAACAGAAAUUAACGGACAGCCGCGCAUCAAACUGAGUCAAGAUGUUGGGAAAGUCACUAUACCCGGCCACAAAGAGGCUUACAGACUAUUCGGUGCGGAUGGUCACGCUCUGAUCGACUUGCUACAGCGUUCAUCGGAGCCCGCCCCCGAGGUCGGACAAAAGGUGCUCUGUAGGCAUCCCUUCCAAGAGUCUAAACGCGCUUACGUCAUCCCCAGCAAAGUUGAACAUCUAUACAAGGUGUAUUGGAAGGAUGGCCUCAUUUACUCGAUGCCGAAACCAUUACACGAGGUGCGAGAGCGGGUACAAUCGUCACUAAGAACUCUGCGACAGGACAUCAAGAGGAAUUUGAACCCCACCCCUUACAAGGUGGCAGUCAGUGAUGAUUUGUACAAUUUCAUCCAUGAUUUGUGGCUCCAGAAUGCACCUAUUGGAGAGUUAUCAUGAAAGGAACGUUAAUAUCCACCUUCUACUAAAAGAAGAAAAUCUUAAGAGCUUGGUAAACCUUCUCUAAGGAACACAACGAUAAUGUCACAAGUCUAUAAACUUAUUUAUGAAAAUUUGACAAAAUAUAUAUUGUAUUUUAAAUACUGUCGUAUAUGUAGCAUAUGCAUGAAUACCUACUGUUAAUAAGGAAAACUUAAUUCAUCCUUAUUUAAGUACACAAUAUUUUUAUUGGAUUGUCUUCACAAAAGAAGUUUAAACUUAAAUUAGGAUUAAAAUAGUUAUCUUAUAUAUUGGCUAUUUUAAACUUGAUAACUUCAUUGAGGGAGACUUAAAAUAUUUGUUAUAUUAAAAAAUAUCUAAGAUAGAAAGACAUUUUAGUCCGGGAACAAUCAAUAGUAUAAUUUUAUAUUUACCUAUUCAAACUUGGUAUUUUUUAACAAUAUACAAUGGAUUCUUACACAUAUUUUGAUAAAUAGGCUUUGAAUAAUAAAUAUAGGCUUUCGCCUGAAUGAAAUAAAAAGCUUGAAGCUGAAACAACAUUGCGUCAGCUUGCGCAAUUCUUGCAAUGUUGAUGUGAAUUAUGGCCUAAUAUAAUAUUACUGGUAUCGUACUGUAAUCUGCCACGUUAUAAUUUAUCUAGAUAGUAUGUGGCAGCCAGUUCGUUAUAAAUUAUAACGUUGUACUUAUCAUUGCAACCGUUUCAAAUUCCAAGUUUAUUCCUGUACUAGUCAAAUAGAACAAUGUGUUUUUCACUAAUUUUAAAGUAACAAAAAAUAGUUUAGUUUUAUAUAAUUAUCAAAAUUAUUUAAAUGAAUGUUGCAUUCCUUCACUUUGAAUAUUGAAGCUUAAACCAAAGGAUUUAUGGCAAUUUCUUAUGUGUAGUACACUCGUGUCUUGUAAUCCCUUGCCAUUUGUAUAUGAAGUGUUCCAUUGAACUUAUGCAGUUAUAGUAUACCUAGUAAUCUUCAUUACAUUCGCAGAGUAAAUAUUAUUUAGAUAUAAUAUUGAAGUUGUAUGAAGUAGCUUUUAACCUUUUGAACGCCAAUGUCGGCUAUAGCCGACAUGAGCAAGCGUGCCCUGUGCGCCAACGACGGCUACACUCGACAAAAAACAGGUCGCAGAAAAAUACAAAAUAAACCUAUUAAAUCAUUACUUUUAUGUAUUUUUUAGUAGAUAUUUAAUUAAGAUUUUCGGUCUUGGCGUACAGGGCAUAGGAAUACCGAUAUGGCGUGGCGGUGAAAAGGUUAAAGGUUUAGUUAAGUUUCGAAGAGAGAUACAGUAACAUUUUGUACAAAUUAUGUAUUUAUUACAAAACAUAGUGCAUUUAGUUCACCUUUAGGUAGAGAGUAGAUGAAGGGAAGUGAUAUUAGGUUAUUGAUUUGGUUGUUAUUGGUGGAGGAAAUUUGUUGUUGUGAUAAUAUAUAAAUUUUAUGAAAUAUGUUUAAUCUUAUAAAAGUGUUAUCAACACAUAUAAAUAUCAUGGACCUUUCAGAACUGGUUUCUGGUUUUUAGUUAAUAUGUUUAGAAAACCCUGAAAUAGCUGUAUAGUUUUUGUAUACCUACUUAAAACAUGUGAAUAUUGACAAUUUAAAAUUGUCAGUUGAAGCUGGAUAAUGAUGUGUUCUAGGUUUUAGCUAGCAUUUGCAAAGGCAUGAUAGAAAUAGUAACAGAAAAUAUGUAUAUCUUAUGGCUUUGUCACGUGCAAAUGAGUUUUAUAUUUAGGUAUACCUUCUGAAAAUAUAUGCAAUAUUAUAUAAUAACUUUUAAGAGUACCCCUAAAAUUGGUAAUGAACGUACAGCGUCGAUCGUCACCACACCCACGUUGAAACAUGCGCAUUCAGUAAGAAUGCACUCUGAUAUUAUAAGAAUGGUAUUUAGUCUGGCACUAAUGCUGUUGAGUUUGCACAGAUUUCAGACCAAUCUAUGUAUGGACAUUUAUGAAUAGCACUGUGCAUUUUGUCCAAACAGUUUACUCCAAUUUCAUUUGAAUGUGUGUCCAAACUUCAAUUAUUCUGUUGUAUAUUUACCCAGUAUGCAAACUUUACCUUUUAAAUAUGGGUAAAAGUAACAGUCGUGCAAGUUUUAAACUAUGCCUAUUCUUGAAAUGUACACAUGACUUUUUAUCGAUUUUUAAGAAUUUUUAAGAAAUAAAUGAUACCACAGUAAUUGUGAACAUAUAAAGAAGAUACUUUAUUAAGCAAUGUAAUUAAACUCGGUUUGAGAAUUAAUGCUCUGUAAAUAGUUCCGUAAAGUUUCUUGGCACUCCGUCCGUUUAAUAGAGGACAUUGGCUUACGAAGAAAAAAUAAUAGCGUCGCAUAAUCCAACUAAUUUAUUAAGUGUAGGGUGUUUUUGUGUACGGAAAUCCUUUAAGAAAACUUUUGUGAAUUUAAUGUAAGUAAUAUAAAUAUCCUUUUAAAAAUUUCGAGUAGUAAAAAAGAAAGUACAUUAUUUUAUGGGAAUGAUGUAUAGAAUAGUCAAGACACUGCAUGAACUUUAAAAUAUAUGUUCUGUGUAGGUUAGCACAAGCACUGGCCUGUUCACGGUGUUUUCUGUGCCUUUGAAAUUUGAAUAUAGCUAUUAAGAUAAACACAGUUUUUUAUUAUUUUGAAUGUAUUUUAGAAGGUUGCUUAUCUACAUAGUAAAACUUGGGUGAAAUUGAAUGUUAAUAAAUAACAUACUUUUGUAA